GUCCCCAUAUAAAAGCGCCACCGCCUCCCCGCCCUCUCUCACUCCCCGCUCCUCUCCGUUGCGCGCUCUCGGAGAGGGCGGAGGGGAAGGUGGCGCGCAGCGCCUGGAGGAGGGGGGACGCAGGGGGCGGAGCGGAGACAGCACCUUCGGAGAUAAUCCUUUCUCCUGCCGCAGAGGAGAGCAGCGGCCGGAGCGGGACACUUCGCCGAGGCAUAGAGGGCCGGCAGGAUGGCGACCGUGGUGGUGGAAGCCGCCGAGCCGGAGCCGUCCGACAGCAUCGCCAACCCGGUGGCGUCUACUUCGCCUAGCCUGUCGCACCGCUUCCUCGACAGCAAGUUCUACUUGCUGGUGGUCGUCGGUGAGAUAGUGACUGAGGAGCACCUGCGGCGCGCUAUCGGCAACAUCGAGCUGGGAAUCCGAUCAUGGGACACAAACCUGAUUGAAUGCAAUUUGGACCAAGAACUGAAACUUUUUGUAUCUCGACACUCUGCAAGAUUCUCUCCUGAAGUCCCAGGACAAAAGAUCCUUCAUCACCGCAGUGACGUUUUAGAAACGGUGGUCCUGAUCAACCCUUCAGAUGAAGCAGUCAGCACCGAGGUGCGCUUAAUGAUCACGGACGCUGCCCGACACAAGCUGCUCGUGCUGACGGGACAGUGCUUUGAAAAUACUGGAGAGCUUAUUCUUCAGUCCGGCUCUUUCUCCUUCCAGAACUUCAUAGAGAUUUUCACCGAUCAGGAGAUUGGGGAAUUACUGAGUACCACCCAUCCUGCCAACAAAGCCAGCUUAACCCUUUUCUGUCCCGAAGAAGGGGACUGGAAGAACUCCAAUCUGGACAGACACAACCUCCAAGAUUUCAUCAAUAUUAAACUCAACUCAGCUUCAAUAUUGCCUGAAAUGGAAGGACUUUCCGAGUUUACCGAGUACCUCUCAGAAUCAGUGGAGGUCCCAUCUCCCUUUGAUAUCCUGGAACCUCCCACAUCAGGUGGCUUUUUAAAGCUCUCCAAGCCUUGCUGUUACAUAUUUCCAGGAGGUAGGGGUGAUUCUGCACUGUUUGCAGUGAAUGGAUUCAAUAUGCUAAUCAAUGGCGGGUCAGAAAGAAAAUCCUGCUUCUGGAAACUCAUCCGACACUUGGAUCGAGUGGACUCCAUCCUGCUCACCCACAUUGGGGAUGACAAUUUGCCUGGAAUAAAUAGCAUGCUACAGCGGAAAAUUGCAGAGCUUGAGGAAGAACAGUCCCAGGGCUCUACCACAAAUAGUGACUGGAUGAAAAACCUCAUUUCCCCUGACUUAGGAGUUGUAUUUCUCAAUGUACCUGAAAAUCUGAAAAACCCAGAGCCAAACAUUAAGAUGAAGAGAAGCAUAGAAGAAGCUUGCUUCACUCUGCAGUACCUAAAUAAAUUGUCCAUGAAGCCAGAACCUCUCUUCAGAAGUGUCAGCAAUGCCAUCGAUCCUGUCAUUCUUUUCCAAAAAAUGGGAGUUGGGAAACUUGAGAUGUAUGUUCUUAACCCAGUCAAGAGUAGCAAGGAAAUGCAGUACUUUAUGCAGCAGUGGACUGGCACCAGCAAAGACAAGGCUGAACUCAUCUUGCCCAGUGGUCAAGAAGUAGAUAUCCCAAUUUCCUAUUUAACUUCAGUGUCGUCUUUGAUUGUAUGGCACCCAGCCAACCCUGCAGAGAAAAUCAUUCGAGUUCUGUUUCCUGGAAAUAGCACCCAAUACAAUAUCCUGGAAGGACUGGAAAAACUCAAACAUUUAGACUUCCUAAAACAGCCCCUAGCUACCCAGAAGGAUCUUACUGGCCAGGUGGCCACCCCUGCUGUAAAACAAGUAAAGCUGAAACAGAGGGCUGACAGCCGAGAGAGUUUGAAGCCUGCCACAAAACCAAUUCCUAGCAAAUCUGUGAGAAAGGAGUCUAAAGAAGAAGCCCCUGAUGUCACAAAAGCUAAUCACGUAGAAAAGCCGCCCAAAGUUGAAAGUAAAGAAAAGGUAACAGUGAAAAAAGACAAACCAGUCAAAACAGAAACCAAGCCUGCAGUGACGGAAAAGGAAGUGUCCAGCAAAGAAGAGCAGCCUCCAGUGAAAGCUGAGGUGGCUGAAAAGCAAGGCACAGAUGUCAAACCCAAAGUGGCCAAGGACAAGAUAGUGAAAAAAGAAACAAAGGUAAAAUCGGAAGAAAAGAAAGAGGAGAAAGAAAAGCCAAAGAAGGAAGUGGCUAAAAAGGAGGACAAGACACCUGUCAAGAAGGAGGACAAACCAAAAAAGGAAGAGGUGAAGAAGGAAGUCAAAAAAGAAAUCAAGAAAGACGAGAAAAAAGAACCCAAGAAAGAGGUUAAGAAAGAAACACCAUUGAAGGAAGUCAAGAAGGACGUUAAGAAGGAAGAAAAGAAAGACAUUAAAAAGGAAGAAAAGGAACCAAAAAAGGAAAUUAAGAAACUUCCCAAAGAUAUAAAGAAAUCAUCUACUCCUCUAUCCGAAGCAAAGAAACCUGCUGCAUUAAAGCCAAAAGUUUCCAAGAAGGAAGAGUCUGUCAAGAAAGAUUCUGCUGCUGCUGGGAAACUAAAGGAGAAGGGCAAAGUUAAGGUCAUUAAGAAGGAAGGCAAGGCCACAGAGGCCGCAGCUGCAGUUAGUGCUGCAGCCACCACAGUGGCCAUGGCGGCGGCAGCUGCAGCAGCCACCACUGGCCCUGCCAAAGAGCUUGAAGCUGAGCGGUCUCUUAUGUCAUCCCCUGAGGACCUAACCAAGGACUUUGAGGAGUUAAAGGCAGAAGAGGUGGAUGUCGCGAAAGACAUCAAGCCUCAGCUGGAACUGAUUGAAGACGAAGAGAAACUGAAGGAAACCGCACCAGUUGAUGCCUAUGUCAUCCAGAAAGAGACAGAAGUUAUCAAAGGUCCCGCCGAGUCUCCCGAUGAGGGAAUCACCACCACUGAAGGAGAGGGUGAAUGUGAACAAACCCCUGAGGAGCUCGAGCCAGUUGAGAAGCAGGGGGUAGACGACAUUGAAAAGUUUGAAGACGAAGGAGCAGGUUUUGAAGAAUCCUCAGAGACCGGAGACUAUGAAGAGAAGGCAGAAACUGAGGAAGCAGAGGAGCCAGAAGAUGAUGGUGAAGAAAAUGUAUGUGUGAGCACUUCCAAGCAGAGCCCCGUGGAAGAAGAGGAAAGCGCAAAGGCUGAGGCAGACGUCCAUAUCAAAGAGAAGAGGGCAUCUGUGGUCAGUGGUGAUGACCGAGCAGAAGAAGACAUGGAUGAAGCAGUGGAAAAAGGAGAAGCUGAACAAUCUGAGGAGGAGGGUGAUGAGGAGGAGAAGGCCGAAGAUAUCCGAGAGGAAGCAUAUGAGCCUGAAAAAGCUGAAGCUGAAGAUUACGUGAUGGCUGUGGUUGACAAGGCUGCAGAGGCUAGUGGUGUUGAGGAUCAGUACGGAUUCCUCACCCCAUCAGCCAAACCAGCGGAAGCCCAGUCUCCUGCCCGAGAACCUGCAUCUUCAAUUCAUGAUGAGACUUUACCUGGAGGAUCAGAGAGUGAAGCCACUGCUUCUGAUGAGGAGAAUCGAGAAGACCAGCCUGAAGAAUUCACUGCCACCUCUGGCUAUACUCAGUCCACCAUUGAGAUAUCUAGUGAGCCCACCCCCAUGGAUGAGAUGUCUACUCCUCGCGAUGUGAUGAGUGAUGAGACUAACAAUGAAGAGACAGAGUCUCCAUCUCAAGAAUUUGUAAAUAUCACCAAGUACGAGUCAUCGCUGUAUUCUCAGGAAUACUCCAAACCUGCUGUUACAUCACUGAGUGGAUUAUCAGAAGGUUCAAAAACAGAUGCCACCGAUGGGAAGGAUUACACUGCUUCAGCCUCCACCAUCUCACCACCAUCAUCCAUGGAAGAAGACAAAUUCAACAAGUCUGUGCUUCGUGAUGCCUACUGCCCUGAAGAGAGUGCUGUGAAGGCCAGCGCCAUGUUAGACAUCAAAGACUCCCUCUCGGCAGUUUCAGACGAGAAACUUAGCCCAUCCAAGAGCCCAGGCCUGAGUCCAUCUCCACCAUCACCCAUAGAAAAGACCCCCCUGGGUGAACGUAGUGUGAACUUUUCCCUGACACCCAAUGAGAUUAAAGCCUCAGCGGAGGCAGAAGCAGUCCCAGUGUCUCCUGAGGUGACACAAGAAGUAGUUGAAGAACAUUGUGCUAGUCCUGAAGAUAAGACCCUGGAAGUGGUGUCUCCUUCUCAAUCUGUGACUGGAAGUGCUGGCCACACACCUUACUACCAGUCGCCCACAGAUGAGAAAUCCAGUCACCUUCCCACCGAAGUCAUUGAAAAAACACCAGCAGCUCCAGUGAGUUUUGAAUUCAGUGAUGCCAAAGAUGAGCAUGAAAGGGCUUCCAUUAGCCCCAUGGAUGAACCUGUGCCUGACUCAGAGUCUCCUAUUGAAAAGGUUUUGUCUCCUUUACGGAGCCCUCCCCUAAUUGGAUCCGAGUCUGCAUAUGAAAGUUUUCUAAGUGCUGAUGACAAGGCUCCUGGAAGAUGUACUGAAAGCCCCUUUGAAGGAAAGAACGAAAAACAAGUCUUUUCAGACCGUAUCAGUCCAGUUUCUGCCAUGACUUCCACUGGUCUUUUCCAAGCUCAUCAGGAAGGGAAAAGCACAGACUUUAUACCAAUAAAAGAAGAUUUUGGUCAAGAAAAGAAAACUGAUGAUGUUGAAGCCAUGAGUUCUCAGUCGGGACUGGCUUUAGAUGAAAGGAAGUUAGGAGGAGAUGUUUCUCCUACACAAAUAGAUGUCAGCCAGUUUGGAUCUUUCAAGGAGGACACCAAGAUGUCCAUUUCUGAAGGUACUGUCUCAGACAAGUCAGCCACUCCUGUUGAUGAGGGUGUAGCAGAAGAUACAUACUCCCAUAUGGAAGGGGUGGCCUCAGUCUCCACAGCUUCUGUGGCUACCAGCUCAUUUCCAGAGCCAACAACAGACGACGUGUCUCCUUCUCUGCAUGCUGAGGUUGGCUCUCCUCAUUCCACAGAAGUAGACGACUCCCUUUCAGUGUCUGUCGUGCAAACCCCUACCACUUUCCAGGAAACAGAAAUGUCUCCUUCUAAAGAAGAAUGUCCAAGACCCAUGUCAAUUUCCCCACCAGAUUUCUCCCCUAAAACAGCCAAAUCCAGGACACCAAUUCAAGAUCACAGAUCUGAACAAUCCUCCAUGUCUAUUGAAUUUGGCCAAGAAUCUCCAGAGCACUCUCUUGCUAUGGAUUUUAGCCGACAGUCUCCAGAUCACCCUACUGCGGGUGCAAGUGUGCUUCACAUCACUGAAAAUGGGCCAACUGAGGUGGACUACAGUCCGUCAGAUAUGCAGGACUCCAGUUUAUCACAUAAGAUACCACCGACGGAAGAGCCAUCUUACACCCAAGAUAAUGAUCUUUCUGAGCUCAUCUCAGUAUCUCAGGUCGAGGCCUCACCAUCCACCUCUUCUGCACAUACCCCUUCUCAGAUAGCUUCACCUCUCCAAGAAGAUACUCUAUCUGAUGUUCCUCCCAGAGAUAUGUCCUUGUAUGCCUCACUCACCUCUGAAAAAGUACAAAGUUUGGAAGGGGAGAAGCUCUCACCCAAAUCUGAUAUCUCGCCACUCACCCCAAGAGAGACCUCUCCUUUAUACUCACCUGGUUUUUCAGAUUCUACCUCUGCAGUCAAAGAGAAUGUAGCAGCCAGCCAUACUUCCUCUCUUCCACCAAUGGAUGCAGCAUCCACAGAGCCCUAUGGCUUCCGUGCCUCAAUGUUAUUUGAUACAAUGCAACACCAUCUAGCCUUGAACAGAGAUUUGAGCACAUCUGGUGUAGAGGACAAUGGAGGAUUGAAGACACCUGGUGACUUCAGCUAUGCCUAUCAGAAGCCUGAGAAGGCAACCAGGUCCCCAGAUGAAGAAACUUAUGACUAUGAGUCUUAUGCAAAAACCACCCGGACCCCAGAGGUGAGUGGCUAUUACUAUGAGAAGACAGAGAGAACCACAAAAUCCCCCUCUGACAGCGGCUACUCCUAUGAGACAGUUGAGAAAACCACCAAGACUCCUGAAGAUGGCGGCUAUGCCUAUGAAAUUACGGAAAAGACGACACGGACCCCGGAAGAGGGUGGGUACUCCUAUGAGAUAAGCGAGAAGACCAUAAGGACCCCCGAAGUGAGUGGUUACAGUGGUUACUACGAAAAGACAGAGAGGUCUAGAAGGCUCCUGGAUGACAUUAGCAAUGGCUACGAUGACUCUGAAGACGGUGGUCACACACUCGGGGAUUGCAGCUACUCUUACGAGACCAGCGAGAAAAUUGCCAGUUUCCCAGAGUCUGAAAGUUACUCUUAUGAGAAAUCGACUAAAACUACCCGAACCCCCGAUGCUUCCACAUACUGUUAUGAGACGGCAGAGAAAAUCACUAGAACCCCCCAGGCAUCUACCUAUUCCUAUGAGACGUCAGACCAGUGCUACCCUGCAGAAAAGAAGUCUCCUUCGGAGGCUCGCCAGGAUGUUGACUUAUGUCUUGUGUCCUCCUGUGAGUACAAGCAUCCCAAGACCGAGCUCUCCCCUUCUUUCAUUAAUCCCAAUCCUCUUGAGUGGUUUGCCAGUGAAGAGCCAACUGAGGAAUCUGAAAAGCCCCUCACCCAGUCAGGGGGUGCCCCUCCACCUCCAGGAGGGAAGCCACAGGGGCGACAGUGUGAUGAAACCCCUCCAACCUCAGUCAGUGAGUCGGCCCCAUCCCAGACCGACUCGGAUGUCCCCCCAGAGACUGAGGAGUGCCCCUCCAUCACAGCCGAUGCAAACAUUGACUCCGAAGACGAAUCAGAAACCAUCCCCACAGACAAAACCGUCACAUACAAGCACAUGGACCCUCCUCCGGCCCCCAUGCAAGACCGCAGCCCUUCUCCACGACAUCCUGACGUGUCCAUGAUGGACCCGGAGGCCUUGGCCAUCGAGCAGAAUCUGGGAAAAGCUCUGAAGAAAGACCUGAAGGAGAAGACCAAGACCAAAAAGCCAGGUACGAAGACCAAGUCCUCUUCACCUGUCAAAAAGGGUGAUGGGAAGUCAAAGCCUUCUGCGGUUUCCCCAAAGCCAGGGGCCUUGAAGGAAUCCUUAGAUAAGGUGUCUCGGGUGGCUUCUCCUAAGAAGAAAGAAUCUGUGGAAAAGGCCACGAAAACCACGACCACGCCUGAGGUCAAAGCUGCACGUGGGGAAGAGAAAGAUAAGGAGACAAAGAAUGCUGCCAAUGCCUCCACCUCCAGAUCUGUGAAGACGGCCACUGCAGGGCCAGGAACCACCAAGACAGCCAAACCCUCAGCUGUGCCUCCAGGCCCCCCUGUAUACCUGGACCUGUGCUACAUUCCCAACCACAGCAACAGUAAGAAUGUUGAUGUGGAGUUUUUCAAGAGAGUGAGGUCAUCCUACUACGUGGUGAGUGGAAAUGACCCUGCUGCCGAGGAGCCCAGCCGGGCUGUUCUGGACGCCUUGUUGGAAGGGAAGGCUCAGUGGGGCAGCAACAUGCAGGUGACCCUGAUCCCGACUCAUGACUCAGAAGUGAUGAGGGAAUGGUACCAGGAGACCCACGAGAAGCAGCAGGACCUCAACAUCAUGGUUCUAGCAAGCAGCAGCACCGUGGUGAUGCAAGAUGAAUCCUUCCCUGCAUGCAAGAUUGAACUGUAAAAAGCUAGGCCAGCCACACCACAGGAUUUGAACUAUGUUUCCAGAAAUUCCUCAAUUUGAAUCCACCUUUUCUAAAAUGUCAAUUCAUCUAAAUAAGUCGCUGAACUGUUACCUGCCAAACGCUAUACUGUGUCAUGGUGAUGCAAGUCACCACAAUUUCUCACUUUUUGCUGAUUGCUAAGGGAAGUAACAGUAUUCCCACAGUAGGGUUCAAGUUACUGCAAAAUUACCUACCCCAGUUCAUCUCUGCUGAACAUUUGGAAACCAUGCACUAGCAAACCCAACUGACUUCUGCUAGAUAGAGGCAUUUGUCUUAGAGAGAGAUCAAGAAGGAGAGUGAGAGAGAGGGAGAGAGAGAGAGGACGCGCGCGCACAGAAAGAGAGACUGUAGGGGAGAGAGAGAGAUGAGAAAGGAAAGGAAUGCAAAGGAAGGAGAUGUAAUGACAGAGAGUGCUGGUGAGAUACCCAGAAAGAGAGCAGAGAGGGGUAAGGAGGAGAAAAGAACCAACAGUUAGGUCUGCAUUUUCUCAGACAGUCUGUAUUCUGUAGUCCACACAGGCAGUUUUCAACUGAGUCAUCAAAAAGGGUGUCAAUUUUCUAAAACAGGUCAACAGGAAGAAAGCAAGAGAACAAAACUUGUCACGAGGGCGUGUGGGAUUUUCACACCUGAAGCCCUUCAGUUUGAAGGCUGCACACUGACAUAACCAAGUGUAGUGUAGACUGCACAUGCAAGUGGUUAGAGCCCCCCCCCAACUCUCGGCCUCUUCAGAUACACGAGUAGAUCAAUCUAAGGCAUGCUCCCAACAUUUGUACAUCCAGUCAGUCCACUGAGUCAAUUAACCUGCAUGCAGAAACACCCAAGCCCACCCUAGUUAACAAGCAAAUACCAAAGCGGUUGGGAGUACAUACAUAGACAAUUUGCCUUAGAAAGUGACUUGAAUGUACAAAGAUACUUUGAUGCACUUAUUUUUUAAUGUGAGACAGCAAGUUUAUAAAACAUCCAUGUAGGAUUAUAGGCACUCCAGCUAAGGAGCAUGUGUGUGCGCGUGUGGGGUAUUGAAGCGGAUCUGAGGGGUGCAACGGUUUGGUGGUCACAUGUGUGGAAUACCACCUCUGCACCCAUGUGCCACGGCCAGAUGCGUUGACCCUUUCCUUGCUUCACUACUACUGCAAGUUCAAGACUGACAUGGCUUUGAUGACCAGAACUGGGAAAACAGUGAAUCUUAACGGUGGAAGAGUUUCUCAGCAAGUGUACAGUAUUUACCUUCCUUUGUCUUACAUUGGCUUUUUUUUUUUUAAUUUUCCAUUAAUUUUAGCACAAUUAUGGGAACAAGUGUACAGAGAAUCUUUUUUUUUUUUUUUUUUUUUUAGCUAUGUGAGAACUUUUCAUAGAUGAACUUUUUCAUACAUGUUUUCAUUUACAGGAAAAAGCAAAAUUUUCAAAUGAGUUUUUUUUAAGUGUUUCAUAAGACAAAACAAUGAAUUUUUGUUUUUUUAUUCUUUUUAGUUCUGGUGAGAUUGAAGUCUGAUACUGCAGUAAUACUAUUUAUUAAAAACCCAUAACAACCAGGAAUAGCUAAUUGAGAGUGGGGAGAGGGCAACGAUAGGCUACCUUCCCAGACCAGUACAGGAACAUCACCCCCUGGUAUCACACACACACUUCUUUCACGAUCUUCGACCCUGAGGUAAAAGAGCCAAGACAAGUUCAAAGAACCCUAGUGAAAACUGGCUUUGGGAUUUUCUUUUCUGAAGAAAAAAUUCAUCGAAAGCAAAUGAACCCCCAGCUCCUGAGGCUCAUCAUGUAGAGUUCAGAGAUCAUUUCCAUCGUUGUCAUCAUUGAACUAUGAACCUGGGAAGUGGACUCAUGAUUAAAACUGACAUCCAGUUUCAAGUUCAGAUCAGUGCACCGCGUUCAGCCAUGGCAGGUGUCUCAGUGACACCCAUGCUGGGCUGCGUCACCCUCCGUCUCCUGCAGACUCUGCGAUCUAUGGAGUUUAGUGAACAAUGACCUCAUUUUAUUUUCUAUGUUAGUUAUUUAUUUCAAGAUUAACAUUUUAGUUUAUUUUUGUCUGAUAAAUGUGUGUUUUGCACUGCUAAGUACUAUGAGGGUUUAAACAAUGCUUCUUCGGGGUCCCUUCACUGUGGGCCUAUGCAGUCUACUUAACGCUGUGAAUUACAUUUUUCAAAUGUUUAAUUUUUUAAAAGAAUUAAUAUUCUAUUUUUUUUAGACUUCUCUAGAAAUGCAGCUUUUAUUUAUUACCCUGUUUCUUUCAGGUCCUUAAGAACAACACAUUGAGGGUACAAUUUAUGAAAUGCAAAAGUCAUUGUGACAAAAAAGGACUUCAUUGAGUAUAAACUCAUUACUUAAAAGUUAUUUUUGAGCAAAACUAAGAUACUCAAUAUAAUUAUUUAGUGGUUAGUUGUUGAGUUGGUCCACAUAAUGCAUGGGAAGAGAAACAGAUUUCCAGCCUUCUUGCCAAAUUCAGACCUCUGGUUGAUCUUUCUUUGAUAGAAGAUGGAAUUAUUUUCUGAUUUCCCAAGUUAAACUUAUUUAACCUGUACAUUAUUUUACCUUAAAAUAUAUAUACUUUUUUGAGACUGAACCCAAUCUUCAGUGAUAAAUACUCCACCCCACUCCUUUUUUUCCCAUUUUCUUUUUCUGCUAUAGGAUUUAAUGGGAAACAUACAGAAAAGCUGUCACUGAUCAGCUGGCUCCUUUUCCUAUGAAACGUAUCAGUAGCUUUCUCCAUCCAUACUUCUCCGUGAUGACCACAGAGCCUGAGUACGCCAGAAAAAACGUUUGCAUUAUAGGUUGUUCCUGUCCUUCCAGACAUCUUUCCUACCUGUGUGACUAACCUAAUUUUGUUAGUUCCAUAAAUACCUGAUUAGUUUAGUAACAGCCAUCACAGUGCACCGUGUACAUUCAUGGUGAGAGCUGAAGAUUGACACAGACUUGUAGAAGUUUUACUCACUGAUUACUUAAUCCAAUUGUAUAGAUUGAAUAUUUGAGUGGAAGGAAUUUGCACUCUGUGUAGAUGAUGGGAUUCCAUCAAGAUAGCACUCAUGAUCAUGACCUUUUUGGUAGUAUUCUUAAACAAAAUUAUACAAAGACUAAAUGUUAGAGACGAUCCUCCAUUUUCAAUUUUAACUAAUUCUCUCCCCCUCUCAGACCCCAACUCCCUGUGCAUGCUUUCUCAGUCUUGUGGUGGGACUGGAUACAAAGACUGAAUCCCUCUCCUUGCCCCCCUCCCCCCCGCAUUUUCCAUGGAGUUCAAAAUUUUUUCUUUUCUUACCUUACAUAUAAUAGUGAAUGGUUUCCCCAGUGUAGAUGAAUGUUUUAAGUGUCUCCGAUAGAUUAUGCCAUUUAGGAGCUUUCCACUGCUCAUUUAAUGAGAUCUACUCAUUUGCUAAUGGAAAGUUUACCACCUUCCAUUUUCCCUCUGUUACCAAAUUUCAGCUCUCAGGAGCUGCUUUGUAAUUCUGAAAUUGCUUUUCUUGCCUCUUUUUAGUCAUCUGUCACAAGAGGUUCUUGCUCAGUAAUGAUAUUGUGAUUUAGAUUAAUAGCUUUUCUUUUUUUUUAAUUUUUUGGCGCUUCAGAUUGAGAAGAACAGAUCUGUUUCCAUUUGAAAGGAACUGUAAGCAUUUCUCUUAACCAACUGAACAAUACACCAAAAGCCGCCUAGCAGUGAGCAUUUCUUUGAAAGCAAUUAGGUUAUUCACCUGAUAUUAAACUACUAAGAAAAUCUGUGACUUUAUUAAGUUCAUUUAAAAGGCAACAUUAAAAACUGAAAAGGGGAAAAAAUAGCUUCUCUGCACUCAUUUGGAUCUCCCCAGUAGCAGAAGCCUUCAAGAUGAGACAUCAAGACCAGGCUGCUCUUCGGAGAACACCCCAGGCAGGUCCAGUCUGGCGUCCAGCGUGGCCAGCAGCCCUGCUCUUUAGGCCUUGGGCUGAGGGUUCUGAGCCCAGCUGAGAAGCACCUCCCACUCCUCUCUCUUGUUCUGAAUGGUGUUUGUGUCAGUCUGCAGCUGUGUAUGGUAUUAUGUCUUAUAAUCCUGCAUCACUUCUAUCCUAUCCAGUCAUAUCUAAUGUAGAAAAUUAGUUUCCAGUGAAAGUAAUAUGUAGUGCUUUUAUGAUAUUUGUGUGCAAUAUCCCCUCUUCCAUUGAGGAUAUUUGAUGUAAAAGAAAAAAAACUCAGUUCCACAAUAAAAUACAAAAGUGGCAAAAGUUCA